AUGGGGUUUGUAAAGGUUGUAAAAGACAAAGCUUAUUUUAAGAGGUACCAGGUUAGGUUCCGCAGAAGGAGAGAGGGCCAAACUGCCUACUAUUCCCCCAAGAGACCAGUCAACCAGGACAAAAACAACUACAACACUCCCAGAUACAGGAUGAUUUUGCAUGUCACUAACAGAAACAUCAUCUGCCAGAUUGCCUAUGCCAGGAUUAAAAUGUCCCUGGCACAGAAGAAAGACCCAUUGCUUAGAAAAAAGCAAGCUUUCUCAGAGCUCAGGAGAAGAUUGCUGACAUCUGAACUGGGCUUCCUGGAAUUUUCUACAAGAAUCUCAUAA